CAACCAGAGAGACUGCAGAGAGACACUCGACCAGAGAGACUACAGAGACUCAACCAGAGAGAGACUCAACCAGAAACAGCAGUAACCAGAGAGAAACAAGCUUCCAGAGACUACAUCCAGGAUCCAGAAAGACCAGACAGAGAACCAAGAGAGAGCUGAGUUAUGGAGACACAUCACUGUGACACAUGUGGGAAGAGCCUUUCCUCAUCCAGUAGCCUCAAGCAGCACAUGAGGAUCCACACUGGAGAGAAGCCCUACAGCUGUGACCUCUGUGGUAAAACCUUUAGACAAGUUGGGAAAUUAACAGUUCACCGCAGAAUCCACACAGGAGAAAAGCCCUACAGCUGUGACCUCUGUAGUAAAACUUUUAGACAGACUGGGGAUUUAACAGUUCACCGCAGAAUCCACACUGGAGAGAAGCCCUACAGCUGUGACCUCUGUGGUAAAACUUUUAGACAGACUGGGGAUUUAACAGUUCACUGCAGAAUCCACACUGGAGAGAAGCCCUACAGCUGUGACCUCUGUGGUAAAACCUUUAGGCAUGCUAGUGCUUUGACAGCUCACUGCAGGAUCCACACAGGAGAGAAGCCCUACAGCUGUGACCUCUGUGGUAAAACCUUUAGACAGACUUGGGAAUUAACAGUUCACUGCAGAAUCCACACUGGAGAGAAGCCCUACAGCUGUGGCCUCUGUUGUAAAACUUUUAGACAGACUGGGGAUUUAACAGUUCACCGCAGAAUCCACACUGGAGAGAAGCCCUACAGCUGUGACCUCUGUGGUAAAACCUUUAGCCGGGCUGACAAUUUCAGAUUUCAUAGCAGGAUCCACACUGGAGAGAAGCCCUACAGCUGUGACCUCUGUGGUAAAACUUUUAUACAGGCUGGCCAUUUCAGAGCUCACUGCAGGACCCACACAGAUGAGAAUAUCUAA